GAAAGCUGCCUGACUUUCCGCCUACACUUUUCUCACUUCUCACAUACAUCUGAAAUCCAUUUGUUGCAGCCCCCCAACCGCAACCACCGCCUCCAGCCCCUCCCGCCCCUGUUCUUUAUGUAAUACAAGUUGGAGUUUGGAUUCUUUUGCAUGCAGACACUCGGCUUCCCCAGUCCAGGGCCGGAUCAAAGCACACUUCUGCACAGUUUCAGGGAUUUCAGAGUUAAUCCAGCGAGAGCAUGAUCCCAGGACUUUCUCUUCUUCUUCUGGUGGUGAGUGUGUCCAUCCUGACGGGUCCCAGUGUCCACGGCGGGAAGAUCCUGGUGUUCCCGGUAGAUGGCAGCCACUGGGUCAACAUGGACCUGCUGAUCCAGAGCCUCCACACCAGGGGCCAUGAGGUGACCGUGGUCCGCACAGCCACCAGCUGGUAUGUCAAAGAGAGUGCAGAGUAUUACCACUCGAUCACUGUCACCCUGCCGGAAGCCAUCAGCAUAGAGGAGGAGGACUUUUUCGUUACCUUGCUUGCGAACAUGCUGUCGAUCAAGAAAGAGGGGCCGUCUCUAAGUGCCUUUGUGAACUUUUAUUGGGAAAUGCUCGGUAAGCUGUCUAAGAUUCACCAGCAGGCCAGCAAGUUGGGUGUAGAAAUAUUUGAGAACAAGACUCUAAUGCAGAGUAUCCGUGAUACUCAGUUUGACAUGGUUCUUCUGGACCCGGGCUUGCCUGUGGGGGUUCUGGUGGCACAUGAACUUAAGCUGCCGACCGUUUUUAAUGCGAGAUGGGUCACCAGUGGAGAGGGGCAUUUCGUGGUCGCUCCAUCACCAACAUCCUAUGUCCCAACUUCAGGACAUGCUGUGUCGGACAAGAUGACCUUUGGGCAAAGAGUCAAAAAUGUAUUCCUCUAUGUCCUCAACAUGUGCAUCGACAAGUUUAUAGUUUGCCCUCACUAUGACAGACUGGUGGACAGGUACUUUGGUCCAAAUGUGAACUUCUAUGACCUCCUACAGGGGGCAGACAUCUGGCUCAUGAGGGUGGACUUUGUCUUUGAGUUCCCCAGACCCACUAUGCCAAACAUCGUCUACAUUGGUGGAUUUCAGUGUAAGCCUUCCAAGCCUUUAUCACCAGAGCUGGAGGAGUUUGUUCAAAGUUCAGGAGAGCAUGGAUUCAUCCUGAUGUCUCUGGGUACCCUGGUUAAAGGUCUGCCCAUAGAAAUUACCUCUGAAAUCGCCGCUGCCUUUGCCCAAAUUCCUCAAAAGGUCAUUUGGAGGCAUGUCGGUGAGCCGCCCAACAAUCUGGGCAACAAUACCCUUCUGGUGAAAUGGAUGCCCCAGAACGACCUCCUGGGCCACCCAAAGAUCAAAGCCUUUGUGGCCCAUGGAGGUACGAACGGGAUCUACGAGUCCAUCUACCACGGUGUUCCCAUAAUAGGCCUCCCUCUUCUGUUUGACCAGUUUGAAAACGUUUUGCGAUUGGAAACACGGGGGGCUGCCAAGGUGGUGGACGCGACCAAAGUCACACGCCAGAACUUCCUGGAAACAAUACAAGAAGUCCUUCACAAUCCCUCGUACAGAAAUAACAUGAAGCGUCUGUCCGAUCUCCAUCGGGAUAAACCAAUGCAUCCUUUGGAAACUGGUCUUUUCUGGAUUGAGUUUGUCAUGAGGCAUGGAGGUGCUUCACAUUUGCGCACUGAGUCUUAUAAGAUGCCAUGGUAUGCCUAUUUUUCUCUGGACGUCAUAGGCUUUUUGUUAGCAAUCCUGCUGUUGCUAACAGCAACUGUGGUCGGAUCAAUACGAUUCAUGUGCUCUCGACUGUGCAGGAGGAGAAAACCAAAGCAGGAGUAGUCGUUGACUCCUCAUAUACAGUGCGUCAAAUACAUGUAUUCUAAAGGAUAAAUCUGUUUUUAUUUAAUAGUUUUUUAUCGUUUAACUGAUUCCUGUUGACACAUGAGAUCACUCAAGAAAAAUGUGAAUAAGAUCAAUGGAUCUAAUAUUUAAAGAUGAAUGUGUUGAAUCUAAAACCUUUGCGCACUUGAACGAUUUCUUUAUAAAGGAAACUUUUACAGUCAAUUUUAUUCAGUUAAAAAUUACACUUUCUAAAUCAGUAAAUUACGGUGUGCAGAUCUGAAAUUUAACAAGGUACAGAAAAACGCUAAUGUAUUUCAUGAUUUUUUUAAUAGCAAUCAAUAUUUCAAAUUCAAUUCUGCAAUUUUAUGUUCUGCAUAAUUAUCACUUGAAUACAGAAACGUCUAUGAUAUAUGAUUUUACAUAAUGAAAAAAAAAGUUACAAAAAAGAAGUAUUAAAGCAAAUAUGUGCAUCGCUGCUGAAGUAAAUCUCACAUUUGAAAUUGUUCUCAUGUUGGAAAAUGAAGCCAUCAUUGAUAUAGUCUUAUCAUUUCCUCCAGUAUACAGUACUUACAAACUGACAGCUCCAAAUUGUUAGCUGGUUUAUUUACAGUAUGAAAUGAGGAAUAAAAAUGUUUGUGGAUGAUCUAAGCGUCCUUUUCGCAGAUCCAUCUGUAGGCUAUCUUACAGGAGCCGUCCAUCCAGGACUUGAGUGCUUUUUCUGUGGUAUCUAUGUGUCCACAGUCUUCUCCCUGAGGGUCGUCCAGCUUCCAGUCAUCGGGCUCCGUCCCAACUCCCGGUCUGUUCAGCCAAUACCUGCAGGAAGAGACGUAGCAGCUCGGUAACAUGUUCAUCACAACGUCCUGUUUUUAACAGUGUCACUGAACCAUACCCUGGAGAAACUGUCAUUGACAUUUGCGAGUUACUCAGUAGUCGAGGAGAAAUUUCUAUCUUUCAAGUGUUUUAAAAAAAAUCAUGGACAGUUUUCAAAGUUCAAGAAUCAAAACAUUGAAAUUAAAGUCAUUUGCCAUAAAAAUGUUUCUCAUUUUGUUAAUUUUUGUGUAGUUAAUGGAGUGAAAAUAAUAAUCACUUUACAGUAAAAAAAAUAUUUCAUUGUAAACUCAUUUGGAGAAUUUACAAAUUUUGUUGUUACCACUCAAAAGACAUAUUUUGAUGAGCUUGACUGACGUCUGACGGUGAGUGAUUAUGAAAAGUUAGUGUGUAUUUUCUUACUGUUUGCCAUAAAGCCCGUUGUGUUAAAAUCUGUUGUCUUUCAAAAUAAAGAGUUAAAACUUGAAAA